AUGCGCCCGCGCGUCUCCCUGCGCGGCGGGGCCACCGAGCCGGCUGGAGAGGCGGAGAGGGCAGGGGAGGAGGCAAAAGGAACGGAGGAAGAGGUGAUCAAGCGCCAAGGGCCAGAAGGAGGGGAAAGGCGCAGCAGGAGGGGGACGGAGGCGAGGGCGGAGGCGCAGGCCUGGCGGAGAGGCUCUGGCCGCACGCUUUGUGCGGGCCGUCGUGAACACGCCGCGCCGCAGAGCAGCGCAGGAAAAAAAGCGGCGACAAAAGCCUCGCACUUUGCACGGCACCGGGCGCUCACUCUUCGCUCUCCGGCGCCGCUGGGCUCCAGCGGGGGCGCCGCUAGCGGAAGCCGUCGUCUUCGUACUGGUCGGUCACGAACUCCUGGGCGGUGCUCGUCGGCGGCUGCCUGCA